AUGCUUGUACUACAGUUUUCAGGUGCAUUGGGGCAGGGCACGCGAAAAUCUGCAACUCCGAACGAGUGGUACAAGGACCUAGCAUCAUAUGGGAUCCCCAUGAACCUGGUGAGAACAGCUCUUCAGACAAGGCUGUUGACACUGCUUUGCCCAAAGGACAUGUACUCCGAUGAUCCGUCAGUCUUCAGCCGCCUCAUCAGCCUGGUGGUGGAUGAUUGGAAGCAGCUAGAGGACAAAGGCUUUGAAGCCCCUGGCUAUGGAACGGUGUAUCCUAUUGUCAUAGCCAACAAAGGUGGAUCGUCGGUCGACAAGAGGGUCCAGAUUCUCAGCGACGAUUACAUCGAGUACUGCGAGCAGAACCGGAAGAUCAAGUAUCUCAAAUCCCUAGAGCCUCACACGUUCGGCCUCAAGGACUACAUGGAACGGCGCAAAUGCAUCAUUGAUGCCGAUGAGGAUCUCCGCACCAUUGUCAGUUUUCAGAAUGCUGAGGCUUCAGGAACAGCUGCCGUCAACUUCUUUGUGAGUUCUUUGUUCAGCGAGGGCAUAUGGGUGCCAAAGUGCAGGGCAGAAGCAAUCAUCAGAGCUGGCAACCAUUUCAUCAGGGCUUACCAGUACAUGGCGUACCGAGCGCUACAGAGUGGCAAGCCUGCGUUCCCUCUUUACCCGAAGAACCAUAUGGUUCAAGAGUUGGUCGAGGAGAUGACAUACCAAUGCAACGUCUCAGACUUUUGCUGGAACAUCUUAGCAGAUGCGUGCUUCCAAGAAGAAGACAUGGUGGGUCGAGUUAGCUACCUAACUCGUUGUGUGUCGCCACGGCAGCAGGCUCUUCGAGCGCUGCAGCGCUACCUUGCACAGGUCAAGGUUUGCUGGAGCGUGCAAGGAUAG